AUGGCUGAUGCACUACUGUCACUAGCUACUGAUCUCUUGAAGCAGUUGGGUUCAAUCGCUGUUCAGCAGGCUCAACAACAGAUAAACUUGAUUGUUGGCGUUGAUGAAGAAAUCCAAAAGUUUUCUGACAGUUUCAGAAUUGUCCAGGCGAUGCUCAAUGAUGUUGAGAAGAGACAAAGCACGGACGCAGCUGUGAAGCUUUGGUUAGAUCAGCUCAGAGACGUGUACUACAUGAUGGAUGACGUGUUGGACAAGUGGGACACUGCAAGGAUCAAAUCAGAAAUUCAAAAAGAAGAAGAAAGAGCUGCUGCCCUGAAGAAGAAGAAGGUACCAUGCUCAUUCUUCCCCUCUCUGUCAUGUUGUUUUGGUCAAGUAGAUAACCUUUCUCUGCGUCAUGAGAUUGGUCACAUGAUAGAAAACCUGAAACAAACAUUAGAUGACAUUCUCGGAGACAAAGUGAAGUAUGGGUUUGACUUGACUAGGCAUUCACAUGUAGAAGUUGAGCGACCAACAACCACGUCCUUUGUGGAUGUGUCCGAUAUAAUUGGUCGUGAUAACUAUAGGGAUGAGCUGUUGAGCAACCUGUUAGGUGUGGGUGGUCAGGAAGAAAGAAAUCCUCAUAUCAUCUCCUUAGUGGGCAUGGGCGGUAUAGGAAAAUCCACUCUUGCCCAACUAGCCUACAAUCAUUCUGAGAUACAAGUCCAUUUUGAAUUAAAAAUAUGGAUUUGUGUCUCUGAUCCAUUUGAUCAGUGCAAGGUUGCCAAAGCAAUCGUUCAGGAGGUUGACCCUAAACACGAAUCCCUCAAUAAAGUAACUGAAUUUCAAACUCUAUUACGUGAAAUAAAUAAUUUAAUUGGGAAGAAGAAAUUCUUUCUUGUCCUAGAUGAUGUGUGGACCGAUAACUUCACAAAGUGGGAGUCAUUUAGAAAGGUACUCAAAUGUGGUGCCCAAGGUAGUAGAAUUCUAGUCACCACACGAAAAAACAGUGUUGCAGAGAUGAUGGAGAGUUCCCACACGAUCAAUUUGGGGGUAUUGUCACUCGAUGAUUGUUGGUUGAUGUUCAGUAAAAUAGCAUUUUCUAACAAAGAUCUACAUCAACGUAGGGAUCUAGAAGAGUUAGGCAAAAAACUAGCAAAUAAGUGCAAAGGCUUGCCACUAGCUGUAAAGACUCUCGGUAGUCACAUGCGUGGCAAGAGAAGUAAAGAAGAGUGGGAGAGGGUUUUGUACAAUAAUUUGUGGGAAGUAGAAGAUAUUGAAAAAGGUCUUUUGGGACCAUUGUUGUUGAGUUAUAAUGAAUUGUCAUUAUCAGAGAAACAAUGUUUCUUAUAUUGUGUUGCCUUCGAGAAAGAUCAUCAAUUCAAUAGACUUGAGUUAAUCAUCCAUUGGAUGGCACAAGGAUAUAUCAACUCAAAAGGAAAUAUGGAGAUGGAAGACGUAGCAGAAGAGUACUUUAAAAAAUUAGCCAUGUGUUCUUUUUUCCAAGAUUUUGAGAAAGAUAAGAAUAAUGGUAGAAUUGAAAGUUGCAAAAUGCAUGAUAUUGUGCAUGACUUUGCACAGUCAAUGACAAAAGAUGUAUGCUUGACAAUCAAAGGUGAUGGAGAGGUUAAUAUAAACUUUAAAAGGGCUCGACAAUUGUCAUUAAGAGUUAAAGAAAUAUUUCCUGAGUCUAUCUAUGAAGCGAAAAAUCUACGCUUUCUCAAUUUAGUUUAUAUGUCUUCUCAGAUUGUCCAACCCAAGUUAUUCGACAAUUUGGUGGUAAGGGCAAAGAAAUAUGUGAACUGGGAGAAUUAG